AUGCCUGAUGCUCAAGUAGCAACGAACAGUAAAACUGAAAAUAGUAAUUCGCAUCACGGAUUACAACCAAUUGAAAGACUCAAGGGCAGAGAAAAUUAUGCAUCAUGGAAAUUUGCUAUGAAAGCGUACCUUGAGAUGGAAGAUUUAUGGGGUUGUGUUGAAGAAAUUCCUGCGAAUGUUGCUGAUCCUAGAAAAAUGACACGUGCAAGGACAAAAAUUGCAUUAUCACUUGAACCAGUGAAUUAUGGACAUGUCGAAGAUUCAAGAACACCAAAAAAGUCUUGGGAUAAACUACGAGCGACAUUUGAUGACGCAGGAUUGUCUAGGAGAGUGAACUUGUUAAAACAGUUGACUUCAAUAUCACUUGAGAAUAGUGCAUCUGUGGAAGAUUAUAUUAACAAAAUCAUAGGUGCAGCCCAUAAACUUCGUGGAGUCGGUUUUACGGUGCAAGAAGAAUGGUUAGGUACGUUAUUAUUGGCGGGUUUAUCAGAUGAAUAUAAACCAAUGAUUAUGGCAAUUGAGAGCUCUGGAUUACCUAUCACAGCUGAUUCAAUAAAAACAAAAUUAUUGCAAGAAGUGAAAGAUCCAAAAGAAAAUAAAACUAGUCAGUCAGCUUUAUAUUCCAGAGGUCUUAAUACUAGGAGAAAAUUCGGUCCACGUUGUUAUAAGUGUAAAAAAGUUGGUCAUUGGGCAAAUAAUUGUAGAUCAGAGAAGGGAGAAAAUAAUUCUGCCAAUAAUCAUCACAGAAAUGACAACAGGAAUUAUAAUAACAACCAUCAUAACAACGGAAACAAUAGUGGGCAUGGACAUAACAAUGGGAACAAUAACAACAACAACGAUCGAAGGGUUAUGUUUGCAUUGUGUGCUGCAAAAAGUAUAACAAACGCCGAUUGGGUCAUCGACUCUGGUGCUUCAUCUCACAUUUCACCACAACGAGAAGUUUUUCGGAACUUCAGGCAGCAGGCUGCAGUUGGUAUUGUUACUGCUGACGAGACAGUCUUGGAAGCUGAUGGGAUUGGAGAUAUUGAAGUUCCAGUGUGUAUGAACGGUGAGCCAACAACAUUAUUAGUACGAGACGUUUUGUAUGUUCCACGAGCAGCAACGAAUCUUCUCUCAAUUAAUAAUAAUGAUAAUCAGGUUAUAGCAAUUGCCAAAGAAACGUGUGGGAUUUACAAAUUGGAUGUAGAUAGACAAAUAGUGUACCACGUCUCCCAGUCGACUACCACUGAUGAUGGAAUAUUAUGGCAUCGAAGAUUAGGACAUUUAAAUCGAGGAUACAUGAAGUUAUUAAAAAAUGUCCUAGCAACUGGAGUUGAAUACGAUGAAAGGACGAUAAUUAACCCUUGUGAUGACUGUGUUAAAGGAAAGCAGCAUCGUGAGCCCUUUCAACCGAGCCACAGACGAUCUAGAAAGAAUCAAGUAGCGAAAAAAUUGAAAGAAUUUAUUGGAUUUUAUGAGAGACAGACUGGAGAGAAGGUGAAGACUCUGAGGACAGAUAAUGGGACAGAAUAUGUCAAUAAUGACCUUGGUGAAUAUUUGACGAAAGCUGGUAUCCAGCAUCAGAAAACGGUGGCAUAUACUCCCCAGCAAAAUGGUGUCGCAGAAAGGUACAAUAGGACUGUUGUGGAGAAGGCUCGUUCCAUAUUAGUUGAUGCAAAACUGCCCAAAGAAUACUGGGCCGAGGCAUAUGAGGAUGUUGGAGAAGAUGAGAGAAAUGACACAAUUCAAGAGGAACUAAGGAUUGAUCCACAAUCAGAGGUUGAAGGAAGUGAAGAUGAAGAUGCUUAUCAGCUGGCUGAGGAUGAUCACUCUUCAGAUCCAGAAACGUCAGAGGAAGCUUUGAAGAGCCCUGAGAGUAAAGAGUGGCUUGAAGCUAUGAUGAACGAGAAAAAGUCAUUGAUUGAUAAUAAGACAUUUCAAGUUGUCAAUCGUUUAUCAAAUCAGAAAUUGCUCGAUACCAAAUGGGUUUUUAAAACUAAGAAAAAUUCAUCAGGAGAGAUUGAACGCUAUAAAGCGAGAUUGGUCAUCAGAGG